AUGCCCAUCGCUGUGCUAAUCUUGCGCGAGUCUCCUGCGUCCACGACGACGGCAGCUGAGGGCGGAAGAAGCGACCAGGUCGUUCUAAGCACAGCUCAGCGAGCAGUGCUCGACGUCGCGCCCCUGCUGCCGUAG